AUGUAUCCUGGCAGCCCGGUGGUUAAUACAGUUAAGAAGAGUCAUUUGUUUAGAAUCGGAGCACGACGAGCGUUUUCAGUAGUUCAAAUCUUUUACCUUACCCCUACAUGAGAACUUACGAAAUAUCAAUACAGUGCGUAGAUGUAUCUCCUUCUUUCUUCUAUGAUUGGAGCAAACCCGGCGCUCCUCUAAUACAGGCUUAGGGAUAGCAACCGCAGGGGUAAUGGCUUCUCCGACAAUCAACUCCGCUCUCGCCAACACAGCAGUCUCACCGAUAACACAACUUCGCAAAGGGUCUCUGAGGAACCACGUAAGAAAAGUAAGAGGUUACUGCAUUUUAUGGCUACUUCAGGUAAUCCAUCCCCAGAAGCAUCUUGGGACCUUUUUCGAACGGAAACACAAGGCCAGGAUGACUUUCAAGAUGUUGUUGGAUUACGGGAAGUUCUAAGUAUCACAGCAGGUUUGCCUUUGACAAGCGAUGGGGGCUCAAACUCUACCAUUUUUCCAGGACGAAUUUCAUCUACGAUGACUGAAUCGGCUUGGAUCGACGCUUUUGAGGAACAGGCGACAUCGUUUCAAACUGGGAAAAAGAAGAGGAUUUUAGUAGCCAAUCAGACAUGUCGCUGCGUCACUCUACAUUUCGAAAGUCAAGAUGGAGUGAUUCAAAAGACAGUGGGCUACGUUCUGACAUUACGAGAAGUGUAGGUGAUAGUGAUUCAUCUUCGAGGUCGUUGCAUGACAACAAAGUCAGUCAUCUCUGUCCGAUCCCUGGAAGGCAUUUCCCUGAAAAACAUUCUAGUUACCUGAAUACGAUGAAGGAUACAUCAGCUGUGCCAGAUGUUACUAACACAAAGUGAACAUCCUAGGAAAUAGUUCUGCUAUCCUUGCCUGUAUUUCCCGGCUCUUAUCUCGCGCUUACCAGUUAAUAUCACGCAUAGGUUUAAUAACAAGCCAUCCUUUUUCGAAGGUCUAAUAACAAGUCAUCCUCUUUCGAAGACGCUCUUGCAGGGGUUCUCCGCGAUUGCGAAGAAUUUCGGUGAGGAUUUUGUGCUUUGGCCAGGUCAAGUCACGUGUCUGGAAGUACCCUACCGUUAAGACAUCGCAGACUGCAUCUUCCUGAACAUCAUCCUUGCCCUCCUAUCGAGGUACUCACAAGUAGACAAUAUAUUAGCCUGACAAGGAGGCACUGGUUGUGGUUGGCCUCACAAGUAGACACUAAUAGCUACAGAAGAGGCGCCAUGACAUGACUAGAAAAAGGGGUCUUCAAGGAUGGCCCUCUCAGGAUCGCUCUAAUCGCAGCUGCCGCAGCAUAUCCUCGACAAACAAGCAGAGAGGGAGAAGAGGCAGAAGGAGAAGCAGGAGAAGCUAGAAAAGGAGAGAGAGGAGGCAGAGAAGCGAAAAAAAGACUAAGGCUUCCUACCUGAAUUCAUCUUGAGAAGCAUCCGUGAGGACGGUGAGUGUGAGCCCAUUUUCUUUUUCAAGGGGAAGUAGGCGCGACCACGUCACCAGAGAUUGCUUCUGCUUUCAAGAUGAAUUUGGGCGAGCACGAGCUCUUCUAACAAAAGCAGGAGGAAAAAAAGAAGAAAGACGAAGCUGCUAAGCGCACUAGUCCUGCUCGAAAGAAGAAGCAAGGUGCUGGAUCUAAAAAGACUAGUACAACUGGUAGUCCUCUUCAAUCUUCGAAACCUUCGUCCCCUACAACGUCUCCAGCAGCAGCCAACAAAGGAACAACGGGAGGAGGUGGUGGAGGCGCACCACGUGAACCUACGGCGACUUCUCCUGUUGGAACGACUGCAGACAAGGCAAAUAAGUUAGUAGCUGCCUCGACGAGACGAGACGAGACGAAUCCUGACAAGAAAACGUCUGAACUUCUGGCUUCUCCGACUGGCUCCUCCGACCAAGGAUUGCAGGAUAUCUCAAUUAAGACUUGUUCAGCAGUACCUUGUAGUUCUUCAUAGAUUUUCUCCUCGUCUACUUCUAUGGGAAACGAAACUCCUUCUUCCACUGCACUGCGUUGCGUAACCUUUCCCAUAUAAGAUCCAAAGUUAGUACCUUUUCCGAAUAAGAAUAAAAAUCAAGGCCCCUGGUCUAAAACUGACCUAGGUAGGAGAGACGUUUUCAAGACGAGAACUGUCUUUCUGAGGAUGGACGUCGAGUUCGAAAUAAAGGAGGCAUGAUCCACGAGUCUGCUGAACAAGUCGUAAUUGAGAUAUCCUGCAAUAGUCCGCUCUUAUACGGCUUAUAGACGGCUCGUCACUCUAACAAAAAGGAGCAUCCUGACGCGAUGAAGUCACCGGGAAGCGAAGGCACCAGUCCUGAUAUUGCGCCGAAUCAACAAGAGCCAGAGCAAACCGACUAUGGAGGCAUGAUCCACGAGUCUGCUAUGGAUGCUUUCGGUGGCGCGAUGGGCUCUUUUAGCAGUAGCGAGGAGGAAGAUUAAGGCUAGCUGCCUGGUGUUCUUUUUUUACAAGAGACUCCUACCUUAUAAAAUAUAUUUAAUACCCACCGAUCUGGACAGGAGAACCCUUGUACUUCCAACAUCAUCGUCUAUUAUAUAUGGACUCUAAGAACAAGAAGAUGAAGAAGACGAGAAGAAAUCCUCAGCGUCCGCAGUAGAUGUCGAACAUCUUCUGGCCGCUGAAGAGUCACAGAACAACAAGUCUUCUGCACAAGAGGUUGAGGACAUAGUAGUUCCUCAAACUGUCACAGUCGACAAAAGCCAACUUCUGAAGGAUCCAGAUGGGGAGGCAGACAGAAAAUUGAAUGAGGAGCUUAAAAGCACUGUGGUUAACUCUAGUAGUGGAGGAAAGAAUGCAACCUCAGCUUCGUCUGAAGCAAGGCAGAGUAAGGACCAAGCGGGCAAAGACGCUCCUCCAUCACCCAGCAGUGCUAAGAAAGACGACACCAAGAGGACGGACGACAAGAAGACAGAGGCUGAGAAGACGACAGAGGCUGAGAAGACCACUAAUGAGGCCUCAAAAGAAGUAGAAGUAGAGUCAGAGGAAGACGAGGACCCUGAAAAAUCAUACAUGCCGGUUCCCAGUGACUAUUUCAAAUGUAGUCUCAAGUUUUUCCUAGAGAAGGUCAGCAUUGCUCAAAUCGAUGCUGCAAAAACCAGUAUCCAUACGCUGGCAAGGCUGGAUUGUGGAGUUUCUUUACAUUUGGGGGGACCGCCUGACGGAAUCGAAGUGCAGAAUCAUGGGUACUACUACAACAUUUUUUAAGGAAUGCCAGCACUGCUACCUAGGAAUGAUCAGAAGCUACAAGAUCACUUCCACCUAUUUUGCUUGCUAAUUGAUUGUACUAGCGGUAAUAUCCGUAUGACUAUGAAUGAUCUAGUACUACUUUCACUCGUCUCGCAGGAGCUUCUCCCCUCCAACAUUCCCGCCCUCUAUGUCCAUGUCCCUUCCAUACCCCUUGAAGAUUGAUCCAGGUACAUCCCCGUCGGCAUUAAGAUUUGGCUGAAGGGUGGGCGACUUUUUGACGGUCCAAUUCACGAGACGGGACUUGAGAUGCUGGAAACGAUCUUCAUCCAGAACAAGAACUUGGACCCACUAGAGAAGCUGCAGGUGGAAGUCAGGGAAAAGGUGGACAAAAGCAUUCUCCACAGUGCCCGGUCGGAGCUUAUUGACAUACCUGCUAGCCAAGGGUUCGUCGUGAGAAUUAACGGAUUUCUUUGACUUAAAAAAAUUUUUUAAGGACGUAGGUAGCAAGCUGUAGCUCCUUGAUGUGAGUUUCAUUGUUACCCUAUUAUUACUUGACGAUGAUAUGAAUGAUCUAUAAUAUAUAUAAGUGUCAAGAACAUCUUAACCAUUCAUUGUAUGGUUCUGGCAUUUGGUAACCUGAGUUUGAUCCUAAGGGUUCUCUUCUUGUUUUCCCUUAGGAUCAAAUUCAGGUUACCAAAUACCAGAGCCAUUCACUCAUUGUGUUUGUUCUGACUGAUCAUGUAGUGAGUUGUAAAUUUGAGUCAAUCUAUCUUGACACUUUUCUGUUAAAAAUAAGGCAGCAGAACAAAGCUGCGUGAGUAAAAGCACGAACAUACUACUGCCUACGGGAUCUGGAGAUACUGCAUGAUGGAUUUGGUCAUCGUCCUUCUACAUCAGUUACAUUUUCGUUUAUUUAUUAUAACCACCUAAAGCUUGACAAGCUGUAUAUAACCUCAAACUGUUUUUCGUUGACAAGUUGAUGUAUAUUCUUGUUUAUAAUGACCUGUUGUAAUAUGUGCUCAUAGAAGCCUUAACAAGAGGGCUGUUACCCGGAUCAUCCAAGAUACUGGACUGAAUUGACUUCGACUGAUCGAAGCUUGAUGAAUGCGAUUACCUGUACCCGAUAUGAUAUAGUUCUACUCGGACACGAAUAGCUGUUCUACAACUUGAAUGUACUGUGAUACAACGAAUAACUGAAACUGCUCUAUAUUUAUUGUUGAUAUUUCUUUUUUUGUCUUGUAGUCUCUCUGUGAGCACGAAGUAGGGCCUCCCGCAGUCGAAGAUAGUGACCAAAGUAAGGGGCGAUGACAUUUGAACGCGCAUCCCACAUCACGGCCUGUCACGACUUCCGAUACAUACAGAUUUUUUUCGUUAAUAGGUAUGUACAUAAUCAUAAGAUAAGUUGUACCAUAAACUGGUGAAACAUCAACUUGCUUUUCAAAGUUCCACAAAUUUGGUGCCAGGUAGUAACAGUAACAUCAAAAUCAAUAUUGCAGUCCUGAGAACAAGUGCGACUGAUUAGUGAGUACUAGGCGG